GACUUAUUCCCGUUUGACAUUUUUCAGCAGCUGUUGCGUGUUUACAGUUGUUUGAUCUAUACGUUUAUCUGAUGAUUAGAUGUUGGAAUAUUUAAUUAUUGAUAACUUAUUUCAGUUUUUACAAAACGCCGUUGAAGAUUGAAGGUUUCUUUCAGUCGAAUAAUUUACAAAAAUGGAAAAAACUGGUUUGAGCCCUUCAGACCCCAGUUCAUUUUCAAGGCCCGAGUUGGUUAUAAUCAAAGACAUCUGUCUCAAUUUGAAUGUUAACUUUGACAAUAAGAUACUCAGUGGAAACGUUAUCUUGUCAGUAGAAAAAGUUGAUGAAACUGCAAAUGAACUGGUUCUUGAUUCUUUCAAAUUGGACAUUUUGUCGGUUUCCGAUUCUGAAACUGAUGAAAAAUUGGAUUAUAAAUUAUCAGAACAUGUGGCCGAUUAUGGAUCAAAACUGACGAUUGAAUUACCGGAGAAAGCCGGUAACAGCUACAAAAUACAAAUCAACUACAAAACAAGUCCUGAGGCUAGUGGAUUACAGUGGAUAUCUCCCAAAGCAACAGCUGGGAAGAAACAUCCUUUUCUUUUCAGCCAAUUCCAGUCUUCUCAUGCAAGAUCGGUACUACCAUGUCAGGAUACUCCUACUGUUAAGCAGACAUAUAGUGCAACUAUUUCAGCCCCGUUGGAACUCACAGUCCUCAUGUCUGCAGUUUGCAACAGUUCGAAAACCCUCCACGGCGGCAAGAUCUCGCAUUUUGUCCAAAGUGUACCGGUACCCUCAUAUCUCAUCGCUUUGGCUGUCGGAGCCCUAGAGUCACGAAAGUUGGGGCCUCGCUCUCACGUCUGGGCCGAGAAAGAGAUCAUCGAAGAGUGCGCGUAUGAAUUUGCAGACACCGAACAUCAGCUUAAGACUGCCGAAGAGAUAUGCGGCCCUUACGUUUGGGGCAUCUACGACCUGCUCGUGUUGCCGCCAAGUUUUCCAUAUGGAGGUAUGGAAAAUCCAUGUUUGACUUUUGUUACGCCUACGUUAUUGGCUGGCGACAGAUCUUUAGCUAAUGUUGUAGCACACGAAAUUGCGCACAGCUGGACAGGUAAUCUAGUAACGAACAAGAAUUUCGAACACUUUUGGCUCAACGAAGGAUUUACUGUGUUUGUCGAACGGAAAAUCAAAGGGAGGUUGGAGUCGCCAAAAUCGCAAGACUUUGACGCCUACACAGCUGUCAGCGAAUUGUCCGAGGCGAUUGAGAGAAUGGGAAAAGACAGUCCGUUAACAAAACUGGUAGUUGAUUUGAAAGGUGUUCAUCCAGAUGAAGCCUCUUCAAUUGUCCCAUACGAGAAGGGGCAAACAUUCCUUCGCUAUUUGGAAUCAGUCGUUGGAGGUCCUGAAAAAUUCGAACCUUUCCUGAGAAAAUACUUUGACACCUUCAAAUACAAGUCGAUAGUAACUUCCGACUUCAAGAGUUUUUUCGAGAAAUACUUCAGCGAGACCGCGAGCAUAACUUCCAUUGAUUGGGACAUGUGGUUGUUCAGCCCCGGUAUGCCUCCCGUCAUUCCGGAAUACGACAAAUCUCUGGCUACAAUUUGCGAUGGCCUGCUGAAAUCUUUUCUGGAAUGGAACGGAGAAGGCGGGAUUCCCAUUUCGAAGGAGGAUAAGGAGGCGUUGACUACCAAUCAGAUGAUUUACUUUUUGCAGAAAAUGUUGGAAGCCCAGGGGCUAUCGAAAGAGAAGUUGGCGGCUUUGGAGAAGCUGUUCAGUUUGGACAGUAUCAAGAAUGCUGAAAUCAAGUUCAGAUGGCUCAGGAUUUGCCUGAAAGCUCGUUGGGAGGAUAAAGUCCAAACAGCGAUGGCUUGGAUCAAUAUCUUGGGCAGGAUGAAGUUCGUCCGUCCUCUGUACAGGGACCUUUACGAAUGGGAGUUGACCAGAGAAAAGGCAAUCGCUAAUUUCACAGCGAAUAGGCGAAACAUGAUGCACGUGACCGCUUAUACUAUCGCCAAGGAUUUGCACCUGGAGGUUUGAUAGAUGAUAGACUGUGAAAGACUUGAACGAUGUUGAGAGCAAAUGGAAGUUGAAACUGCAAGUAAAAAAAUAAAAAAUUCGAACUUCUUUCUGCUUUCACAUUCUUCUUGUCUCAAAUUUUAAUGAAACCAAUUCCAGUUUUAUAUUUAGUAUGCAUUUAUUCAAUAUGAGGAAUAGCUUCUAAAAUCCCGUUUAUGAACCGGAGUUUUUAUUUUAUUCAAAUACAAAUGACAGUAAAUAAGCGUA